AUGGAGUUUUAUUUGGAGAUUGACCCUGUUACCUUGAAUCUCAUCAUUCUGGUAGCUAGUUACGUUAUUUUGCUCCUGGUCUUCCUGAUCUCCUGCGUGCUCUAUGACUGCAGGGGGAAGGAUCCCAGCAAGGAAUAUGCUCCCGAGGUCCCUGCAGACACCCAGCCCCCGAUCCGGCUGGUGGUGAUGCAGCAGGGCUCCCCCGGCACCCGCUGGGCAAAGGGGCUCGUCUCUGCCUACGAAAACUCCUCCGACCUGCCGGGAAAAAGGACUACUGUUGUGUAA